CAUGACCACCACGUUGCAACCUUUGUAGCGCAGUAGGAGUCGCUUCCUACCGUCGGUCAACGUCAUCGAAGUCGUGCGUGUUCUGCGAUUUGGCAUGAGCAUGGUGGUAAACAUCGGCAGCCUGGGGAUCACCGUUGUACGAUGAGACGUGGCCCUAUGUCGGUGGCUUCGUAAUUAUCCUCGACGUAUUAUUCGUUCGCGCAACAAGAUGUAUUUGUCGCAUGUCAUCGUGGGCACGUUGCUCUGUGUGUUUUCGUUCGUUCACGGGAGCGAGCUCGACUACGACGGCUGGCUGCAGUUGAGGUUAUGGCACGCGUUCAACGACGAACCGGUGGCCGUGUUCACGGAGCGCGGCAACGUCACGGUGUCCAGCGUGCGUAGCGGCAUGUCCGUCGUCGGGCAGAACGGCUUGCUGCCGCUCGAGAUAAACGCGCUGAAGACUCUCGCCAAGAGCGACGGCAAGUACAGACUGAAGGCAUUGGCGCGUACCUCCUCCGGCAGCGAGAUCACCUUCCUCACCUCGGUGCCAGCGUGCUACCUGCUUGGCUCCGACCUGGAGGAUGUCGUGACGAUAUGGCUGGACAGCGCAGCGGAGCCAGUGGCUGUGAGCAUAUCAUCCUCGGGCCCUUGUAUAUUCGAUAAUCCUUUCACAAAUAUGUGGACCACCAACGUCGUGGUGAAAUACCCGGACGGCGGUCCGAUCCCGGACACGGCUACGUACAUUCAGAAGCUCGAACGAGAACGGGAGGCCAGAGAGAGAGGGGAGACCAAAGAUAAUCGUUCGUUCCUCGCGAAAUAUUGGAUGUACAUUGUACCGGCGUUGAUCUUUCUACUCCUGUCAUCCGCGACGAACCCGGAAGCCGCCGCAGGGGCAAGUGCACAAAGACAAUGAUUUGCUAAACAGAGAUAAUUUUCAUUGUACCUGCAUGUGCAUUGUGUCCCAGUGUCGAAGGGUGAUCUUACGGAGAAGUUGUCCAAAUUUAUAGUAUAAUUUCAUAAUCAGAUAUAUAGCGAUAUAUGAUAUAAUAUAAUAUUAUUAAUAAUACAAUUAUAUUGCUAUGAUAAUUACACUUCUAUGAUAAAAGAAUAAACUGAAUAAAAUAGUUUAAGAUAA